AACGCACAACUCAGACUCUACGCACAUACCAUGCUGGCGCUGGCAUGCAUUUGUGUUGACUGUACUAAAAUUAAAAGAGAGAUACAUGUACUAGUAUUACUACACUGCACAUGGAGCAUUUCUUUGGAGUUUGUUAUUGACGGUUCUAUUGCCACCAUGUAUACUAUCUUUUCACAACGACGUGCUGGUUCUCUCAGAUACAAUCCAUUCUCAUACUCGAAUGCCAGCCUCGUACGCUCCACCCUUCGCUUAUUGUCAUCAGCAGAUCCUUUUCUUACUAGAAACAAUCAUUUGAACUUUGUUAAUGGUGAAUGCAUAGCUGGCAGGGGACCAUCUUUGGAGGUACUGGAGCCUGCAACAGGUCGCAAAAUUGUAGAUCUUCGUAUUUCCGACAGCAUUGAUACGAGUUCAGCAGUUCAAUCUUCUCGCAAUGCCUACAAGACGUGGUCGCAGCUGUCUGGCACUGAGCGUGGCCGUCACCUUGUCUCACUGGGCCAUGCUAUCCGCAGGCAGCGCGAGGACAUAGCUCACUUGGAAGUGCGGGAUACUGGCAAGGUGAUCAGCGAAGCGCUGGUCGACAUCGACUCCAGUGCGGACUGUUUAGAAUACUAUGGUGGACUGGUAGCAGGUCUUGCUGGUCAGCACUUCCAGCUACCUGGUGGCAACUUUGCUUACACACGCCGUGAGCCAUUGGGUGUGGUCGGUGCUAUCGGUGCGUGGAACUUCCCAUUUCAGACUUGCUCGUGGAAAAUUGCUCCUGCGCUGGCCGCUGGCAACACCGUAGUGUACAAGCCCUCACCGCUUGCUCCACUCUCAGCUCACUACCUUGCGCGGCUGGCGUGUGAGGUGGGAUGUCCAGCGGGUGUUCUCAACGUCAUUCAGGGUGACGCUAGCACUGGCACUGAGCUGGUCAGUCAUCACGAUGUUGCCAAGGUCUCUUUCACCGGAUCAUGUCCAACUGGCGCCGCAAUCAUGGAGAAGUGUGCCCCUCAAAUCAAGCCGGUUACGUUGGAGCUGGGUGGUAAAUCACCACUCAUCAUAUUUGAGGAUGCUGAUUUGGCCAAUGCUGUCAACGGUGCUCUACUCGCAAACUACCUGACCCAGGGAGAGGUAUGCUCGAAUGGAGCCCGCGUCUAUGUACACGAAUCUCUCAAAGAUGACUUCCUUAGUGUGUGCAAGGAUCGUGUGGAGAAGAUGAAACUCGGUGAUCCUCUACAGCCAGAGACAAACAUGGGUGCUGUUAUUAGUGCAGCACAUGCCGACAAGGUCAUGGGUUUUAUACAGCGUGCUGUUCAAGAUGGUGCUCAUGUAGUGUGUGGUGGUGGUCGGUUUCAUCCUAGUGAGGUGCACUUGCAAGGAGGUCACUACAUCCAUCCCACCAUCUUGGAUAAUGUCAAUGAUGAUAUGGAGAUUGUGCGAGAAGAAGUAUUUGGGCCGGUGAUGUGUGUUAUUCCUUUCACUGAUGAAUCAGAGGUUGUUGAGCUGGCGAACCGAACACCAUAUGGGCUUGCGGCAGGUGUAUAUACCAAAGAUAUCCAGCGCGGUCAUCGUGUUGUUGCCCAGCUUCAGGCUGGUACAUGUUUUCUCAAUACCUACAACAUGUAUCCAGUGGAGAUACCAUUCGGUGGCUACAAACGCUCCGGUAUUGGCCGCGAGAAUGGACCGGACGCACUCUUGCAGUUCACCCAGGUCAAGAGUGUCUUUGUAGAGAUGGGCGAUUCACCAUCGCCUGGAUUCUAGCCAACUCACUCAUGCCAACAGCGAAAUAUCAUACACGCUUGUAUGUACAGGCUGCGGUUAUGUCGAUGUGCAAACCUUACUUCAGGUUUUAUCACAACUUCAUGGCACUGGAAAAAAAACCCAUCAGACAAUACGAAUAGCAACCCCAGUGGCAGGAUUUAUCUAGGCUCACCAUUCCUUCACAUGAUCAUGUCAUACUCUGUGUGCCAGUACACGAUUGUGUAGCGGUGGAAUACAACUAACAUGCAGGCCAUGAUGCUGCGGACAGCGCAUUGUCCAAAACCGUGCUUUAGCAUACCUUUUUGAUCUAUUGGGUUCUAUGGCUUGCUUACUAGAGAGGUUCCGCAUAACGUAAUUACGUUAGUAAAAAACGUAGUCGAUCUACGGAAAGUCUUACGUAAACUGCAUGCGCAUCUGGGUUCCGCCAUACGGAGUUUUCAAAUCACGUAGCUGCCCUUGACAACUCCGAACGCGGCAGUGUACGACCAGAUCGACCUGGGGAGAGAGUCAUAAAUUUGUACCCCAAUCCACUUACGGACCAGCUACGUUAUCAGAGCCCUAUCUACGUACUCUCCGUAGUCAACUUUCCGUAAGUGGAGUGCAAACUCGCGAAUUCACGGGUUUUUCCCGCCCACUAACGUAAAGUUGCUCAACUUUACGUUGUGCGGAACCUCUCUACUGUCUGCAAAUAAUGUGUGUGUGAUGUGACUGAUGUCACAUACUAGUUUUAGUGGCAUUGGCACUAUCGACAUAACCCACUUCUACUGGCAUUGUGGAAUGCUCCUCUUCUAUGUGUUUUCAACUACUGAAGUAUAAUCGGCAUGAUUCCUAUCACAGCCCAUUUGUACAGGCAAUUUAUCCUUUUUAACAGAUUGUUCACUCCAUAAUUUCUUGUUAAAUGUCAACACAAUAGCAAUGGGACGAUUUCUUGAGCAUUUCCCGUUACCGUAUA